UGUAAAAAGGCAUCCCUUGCAGGUCAGUAUCUUUGUCGAGAAAAAACAGGGUUUAACAGAACCCUCGAGCGCCGGCAACGCAGUAGCCACCGGGACGCCGCAUCGGAAGUUUCUAUUGGAAAUGGCAUUUCUCAGAAAAGCUGGGAGUUUUUUGGGGAAAGCUGUGAGUAUUUCCCCAAUCAAGCAAAAACUUGUAUCAUCCAACCCAUCCAUCCUACAAGCGAUAAGAUGCAUGUCAUCGUCCAGGCUCUUUAUUGGAGGACUCUCAUGGAACACUGAUGAUUCAAGUCUGAGAGAGGCCUUUGAUAAAUAUGGACAAGUUACUGAAGCAAAGGUAAUCGUAGAUCGUGAAUCUGGUAGGUCUAGAGGAUUUGGCUUUGUUACUUACACUUCUGUCGAGGAGGCGUCUGCAGCCAUCCAGGCAUUGCAUCAACAGGAACUUGACGGCCGUAAUAUAAGGGUGGACUAUGCAAACGAGAGAACCCGAGGUCCUCCAGGUGGUGGUGGUGGUGGCUAUGGUGGGGGUUACAGGAGUGGCGGCGGCUAUGGCGGGAACUAUGGUGGCGGCCGUGGUGGAGAUGCCCCAGUUACUGGCGGCAGUUAUGCAAGGAGUAACAGUUAUGGUGGCGAGGAUGCUGCUGACCUCGGCAAUGAUGACAGCGCUGAUGAAGCUACUGCUAGUGACGAGGAGUUCGAGGAAAAGGAUAGUGGCGAUGAAAGCAAUUUAGCGGGAGGUGCCGGAAAAGCUUAAAUCAAAAUACAGUUUACUACUAGAAGGGAUCUUUUUUGGUGAUGAUGAAAGAUUUCCGGUUCUCAUUUGGCGUCUAUCCGAUUUUCCGGUUAGUAUAGCUAUGAAAGCUCCUCUGCCAUCUUUUUAAUAUUCUAGUUAUAUUUCAAUUUUUGUUCUUGUCAACUUGAAUGUGUUUUUUUAGGUUCUUUGUUGGUGUUUGAAACUUAGGUUUGGUGCCUUGUGCAUGAAUGGAUGGAUUAUGUGUAAAAUUUGGACCAAAACAAUUAUGCUAUUUGAUCAAAAUAGCUGUAAGAUUUCGUAUAAAACUACGUUAUUUAUUCCUA